GGACUUCGAAGAGCCGGUCAAUCGGUGAUAGAUGGACACGGCAAGGAUGAAUUCCUUCCUCGAUUAUCCGCCCAUCCUCAACGGCGAGCCCACCACUUGCGCCUCCCGUGCCUAUCACCGCCACCAUCACCACCCCGAACAUGGGAUUACAACCACUUUUCAGUCGUGCGCUGUCAGCGCCAACAGCUGCAACGGGGAUGACCGCUUUCUGGUGGGCCGGGGAGUUCAGAUAAGCCCCCAUCCCCACCACCAGGCUGGUACCGCCUACCAACAUCACCCCAAUUUGGGGGUGUCCUUCUCGCACCCCAGCUGCGGGUCCGGCUAUGGCGCGCAGAACUUCGCUGCGGGAGGCUAUGGCCAUUACCCACUCAGUCAAGAGGCGGAAAUCAGUGGGGGCUACUCCCCGUGCGCUCCUACUCUCUACUCGGGAAAUGUCUCUUCCUCCAUGGUCCAGCAUCCCCAGAGUUAUGGUGGGGGCACAACCAAUUCUACCCAGUACAUUCAUCCCUCUUUCGGAGAGGAGCAGCAGAAUUUAACCCUCACUAAUUUCAGCAGCCACCCCUUGUCUCCUCUCCAUUCUGCCCAUCCAGAAAGCUGCAAUUCUCCUUCUUCGGAAGUUUCUCCACCAGCCCAGACUUUCGACUGGAUGAAAGUGAAGAGAAACCCUCCUAAAACAGGAAAAGCUGGAGAGUAUGGUUAUGUGGGUCAGCCCAAUACAGUUCGCACCAAUUUCACCACCAAACAGUUGACAGAACUGGAGAAAGAAUUCCACUUCAACAAAUAUCUUACCAGAGCACGCAGGGUGGAGAUAGCAGCCUCUUUGCAACUCAAUGAAACCCAGGUCAAGAUCUGGUUCCAGAACCGCAGGAUGAAGCAGAAGAAGAGGGAGAAAGAGGGCUUGCUGCCCAUCUCUCCAGCCACACCAACUGGAAGUGAAGAGAAGGCAGAGGACUCCUCUGAAAAGUCCAGCUCAUCCCCAUGUAUCCCUUCUCCUACUUCUUCUACCUCAGAUACUCUGACUACCUCAAAUUGAACUCCACAGUUGCUAUUCAUUCUUCACUCCCUGGCCCCCUAUGUUCAGCCCUAGAGUAGUUGAUAGUGUCCCAAUCCUAUUUUUCUAAAGACUGAAGGGGACCCCCCCCACCUUCUCUAGCCAAAUUGGUUCCAGAUAAAUCUUCUCCGACUGCCAUCCCUUAAACAAAUGCCUUCCCAUACUGAAACUUGGAAGCAAACUUCAUUGAUUUUACCUGGAACCUUCUUCCAGAUUGGUGGGCAUAGUACAGGACUACUGAGUUAGGGGAGAGAGAAAUAAUAGAAAGGGACUUUGUGGCAUAAUAUUACUGAGAUUUAGCUAAAGGAUCACAGCCUUAUUUCAAGACUGAGGGUGUCUUUAAUUCAGCACCAGGCUUUUUCCUCCUCAGUGCUAAGUACAAGGAUUUAUUUAUGUGUCUCCCAUCUUUAGACUAUUUGUGAGAAAAGUCAAAAAGUGAUUUUCAUAAUGAUAAAGUUGAUAGACCAGAAUGAAGUUGCCAAAGAACAUUUAUGUAGGCUUUCCUCCAUGGCAGAGGCGAAGAGGUUCGCAGUUCCAAAAAGAGAUGCACUAUUGAAAAUGUUUACAUGACUUCUAAAAAGUUCAUGCUUUAAUUUAAUGUACCUGCUUUUUUUUCCGUGUGUAUGUUGUUGGUUGUAAAUAUUUUGUUUAAGAGAUUUAUCUUUUUACAGAUUUUCUAGAAAUGUUUAGAUUGAUUAUAAAUUUAAAACAGGGUGGUUACAUUCUCAAAACUUGAUUCGAUUUUAUAGCAAAAAGUGAAGUUGUCAUGAUCAAAGAUGUAUUCAACACUAUCAGAUACCUCAAAAAAAUAUCAUAGACUAGUAUUCUUCCUUCAAAAUAGUUAGAUAAGAAUGUUGAAAUUGCACUAGAUUUUUAAAAAAGAAACCUUGCUUAUUAAGGUCUGCCCAACAUUUUCUUUCUCAAAAUCUCUAUGGAAUUAUUCUUGACCCAAAACCAUUAUGCAGAAAAUGGAGAGACCAGGCCUGCUUCCGAAUUCGCAUUUAUCCUUCCUUAGAUUUUUCAGCUGAACUUCUGAAUGUGGUUACUGGCCCAAAUGAAUGUAUAGUUCAUGUGAUUUGUGUAUGGAACUUUGCAUGAUGCACAAAGUUUUGGUGUACUAAGUUAACACUGAGUUUUAUCAGUUGUCCUUUGUGAUUGAGUGCUUCUGACAUUUUCUGUACAAUCAUUCAAGGUUCUGAGAUUCUGUUGGGGGAGGGAAAGAGAAUGGAAUCCAGAGCAGGAUUUUACGGGUCCUAGAAAUCUCUGUAAUAAAUAUACUCUUAUAGCAGGCUCUUCUUUGCUUUGGUUCUUUUUUGGGAAGAGAAGCCUAACCAAUCAGUCCUCUCUUCCACUUUUGAUGCAAGCCAAAUUCUUUCAACCUUGGGCUUCCAGGCCCCCAAGAUUAAAUCCAGUAACAUUAGUGGAGACCCCAGAGAAAACUUGCUGAUCUUUUACUAAGGAAAAGACGGGCAAUGAACCAAAUCCCAGCUCUUUUAGAAAUACCUUGGUGGAAGCUUCCUGGGUCAAGUGCUAACCUUUUCACCCCGAACUACAUAUUGACCUAUGUGUAAACUAAGUCCUCUUCAAAAGCCAAAGCUGGUCUUGCCUUGCGUCCCAAGCCACCAAGGAAGAGAUUUAUAUUUCCUUGUCUCUCAGGACCCCAAGAAGCUAUCUUUCCCCUUCCUUUCUUCUAAAUUGCCAGAACAAUCUUCCAGGCACAAACCUUGGAAGACAAGCUGGAAGCAGGCAAGAAAUAGCCAGCUGAAGAGCUCAUUUUCCAUAGCAACUCUUCCCCGAGUGUCCAAAAUUUCCCUGGCAAUUGGGAAAACUAGUCGGGGAAGAUGUCAUGUAUUUGCUGGAAAAAACAUACCUUUGAUUAAAAACCUGUAGAGCCAAUUCACUGGAGGGAUUUCCUUCCUUCCUUUGUGAUUUCUAUCACUAGUAGCAUAAAUAUGGGGUUCUCAUAGGGGAAAGAAUGCCAAACAUCAUUUUCAUGUUACAGCAGCUGGUUUCAGUUUGAAAAAGUUGUUACUAGAAUUUAAUUUUAAAAGACUUGCAGCUUCUUCAAGAGGCUUUUAGUUCUGCCCCAGCAAUAAAGCAGGAGAGGUUGGAAGCCCAAAGAUUUUCGCUGGCCCAAGCAUCAAUGGUUUUCUUUCUCCCAAACAUCAGCAUAAGCAAGCCUUGAUCUGCAGCCACUUCAGGGCUAAUGCCAGGGCAAGGGGAAAACCCCAGAUUGCUGAGCCUUUUUUCU